CUACACCGCCGAGCCCCCGGGUCCUGAUCCGCAUGCUGGCAUCCCCCCCGUGGGAUGUGUGGGUUCCCUUCCACCACGCGGCCCCGGGUGCUGGGCGGAGCACCAUGCGGCCGUUAGGAUGGAGUGCGCGCCUUCGCCGCCGGGUUCGGGACGUGGCGAACCGCCCCACCUCUCUCUUUUUUCUGUUUCUCGCCCGCGAGGCAGCCAGCCCCUCAUUGCUUCCGGUCCUGCAGGGGCGCGUGCCAGACGUCCUGCUGUGGACCCCCUACAGUCAGCCCACUCAAAGUUCCGUUGUUGUUAUUCCUGUCCCCAACCCGGUGCCGCCGUCCUGCCACACCACCUGACCCCAUCGUGGCAGCACCCACUCCCCAUGCCCACCCGGCCGCAUCUUUUGUUCCUCGAUGGCGCGACUCCCCUCCCCCCAUCUCCGUGGGGACACCGUGUGGUAGGGCGUGGUUUCUGCAGGAGCCCUUUAGAGGCGGUGAAUGAGGAUGCUGCUCAGACCUCUUUCUCUGCAGCAUCUCUCAGUGGGAAGACUAAAGUGAGUCUGGAAAGUGCCAUUUGCUGGCCUCACCCAAGACUUCGUGAAGGUGCACAGGGGUAGGACUGGCUCUUAGGAAAAUGGGUGCCAUGGCCAAACCAGACUGCAUCAUUACUUGUGACGGCAACAAUGUCACCGUCAAAACCGAGAGCACUUUGAAGACGACACAGUUUUCUUGUACCCUGGGAGAGAA